AUGGCGGGGUGCCGCACGACGCCGCGCCGCGCCGCGAGGAGAGAAGUUGCCGCGGAGUGGCGCCGGUGGCGAGGGGAGGGUGGUGAUAGAGGUGGAGGUGACGAUAAGGGCAGUGGUGGCUGCUGCGAAGGUGACAGGGACGAAGGCGGAGGAGACGGUGGAGGAGGGGGCGGUGGCAUAGGCAUUGGCAGUAGUGAUGGCGGUGGCGCUCUAGAAACUGUUUUAGACAAAGGCACUGAUUCGAUGAUAAACAUCAUGCAUACGUUCUUUAAAACACCAACGAAACUUUCUGGUGGAAAAAGACUUUUGACGUGGAACGUUUACAGACUUCCACAUGAAGUAAAACUGCUGCCAUAUCUCUGGUUUAACUUCACAGAGAACGAAUGGCGUAUCGGUGUGGGUCACCCGGGAGAGCUACAGGCUUCCGCCAAAAACGGCCUUCUGGGAUUUUGGGAAUGA